UCGUUCUUGAUGGCAUUGAUUAGCCUCUGCUCUGUCGUCAUGGUUACCAACUAAAGACGGCGUAAAGUAAAAAGUAGGGUAACAGCAAUCUAUUCUAAAACCAUGCUAAUUACUUCAUUUGUAAUUAGGUAAAUAACGAUUUGAUUGGAUUAGAGUAAACUGUGCUGCUCCACGUUUAUAAUAACUCAUAAUGAUUUGAUAAGAAUCAUAUAACUAAACGUAUUCACUUUUUAAAAGUGAUAAAGUUUUAUAAGUAAUAAAAUGGAUCCUACGCAACCAGAAUUUAGUAGCUCGACGGCAGCAUCUUCAGAGACCGAGGAGACAGAAGAGAAGACUGAAAAAUCUGCAGAAUCUGAAUCUGAACCAGAGAUAAUCAAGACUCCGUCUUUAGAAUCUGUAAUAGAUGAAGAGGAGGUCAAAAAACUUGCAACACGAUUUAAAAAAAUAACUCAGCUAUUUAAUCUGAAGGAAAGUGAUUGGAAUAGCGAACAUGACAUGACUAUAUGGAACUUUUGCAAGGAAGACAACUCCUACGAUAAAAGUAAUGUACUGUGUGUAUUUUUUUCCAAACAUAAUUUGAUGGUGAAAAUCGGCAUUCCUAAGAAUGUCAAUUCCGAUUUAUUCUACUUCAUAAAGAAUACGCCUGGAACCCAAAUAACAGUUGAAAAUGUGUUGGAUAGUGUGACGUUCGGGUCGGUUGGCGAGAUAAAAGAGCAAACUAUUCUGGAUGUCACCAAAUAUGUCUACUCGCCGAUGUUCUUUAAUGCAACACAUUGGCCAAACAGUGUAAAAAACGAAUUCAGCUCUCGUUUGUAUUCUUUCAUAGAAUACAUAGACGAUCUGACUUAUAAAUUCAUGGGAUUGACAUCGAUUUUUAUGCCAUUGGAGGCAAAAACCGUAAAUCUGGAGCAGGCAACACGGGACAGGCAACUCAUCAAGCGGAUAGAAAGUUGCGUUCUUGCAUGGAUUUGUAGAAUACGCAUGGCUAUUGGUGACAAAGACCAGUCCUCUCCCACGGAGAUGCUUGGGCUUAUUGAUGAAGUUGAAUUCUGGAAAUAUCGCUUCAAAAACUUGAAUUUGAUUCGUGUUCAAUUGGAUAAUGAAAAUGUGCAGUUCUUGAUAAAAAUCCUAACCACAGCUCAAUCACCAGACGUUCAACAAUUGGAAAGUGUUUCUGACGAUUUAGAUGAUGCAUUGGAUGAAGCUGUAUCAAAUUUCCAAUUUUUGCAUAUUCUGGAAGAGUCGGCAAAUGCUUUGAUGGCUGUAGAGGAUCCAAAAGAUUUGAUUCCGCUGCUUCCAAAAGCGUUCUUCAACAUCAAGCUCAUUCUUGAAAGCUCGCCUUAUUAUGAUACCAGAGACAAAGCAAUUGUGUUGUAUUCUGCACUAAGUAAUCUGAUCAUAGUUCAGUGCACCAAGUAUGUCGAUCUAAGCCUUGUCUUCGAAGGUAAAUCGAGAUCAGCAAUUGCCAUGUUGAAGAAAUGCAUUGAUUGUUGCCAGAAAUACAAGAUUAUUUACAAAAAGGCUCAGGCGAUAUACAAAAAUAAUAAUAAAGAGCAUUGCGUUAUCAAUGAAAAUGAUGAAGAGUUGAUUUUUAAUCAAGUCAAUACUUUUAUUCAAAGAUGCAAGGAUGUACUUGAAAUUUGUGAUUGCAUGAUCACUUUUGCAAGAUUGGACGAGACAGUGAACAUGCCAAAACCGGAAUUCGGCCUCACCAAAGGUAUAGAGCUAGAAAAAAUAUGUGAAAAAGUGGAAACAGACUUUAUUAAUUGUUUGUCUGUGACUGAGAAGGUUCAAGAUACCAUACUAGAUGUGCGAUCUUCCGUCUGGUAUGAAGAGAUAUUAAGUGUACAAAAGUUCCUUCCAAACCAAGAUUUGAUUUACUUAGUGUUGAAUUAUGAAGAAUUUUCAGUAGUUACGAAUGUAUUUGAAGGACUGAGCACUCUUCAAUCUCUGUACCAGUAUUCGAAGCAGCCCAACUUGUAUCCCAUAUUCGAGCAGAAAACAGUGGAAGUUUACAAAAUGUACAUUGAAGAGAUACAAGACGCUCGCAAUGACCUUGUGCAGGCAAAACGCCAGCAUCCAUCCGGUCUGCCCAAGUACGCAGGGAGGGCUCUUGUCGCUCGUUUGAAGCGCAAACGAAUGGAAAACUUAUUCAAGCAGCUUGAAGAAUGCCAGUGGAUGAUCCGUGUACCCUUAGCUGAUGAGGUUCACAUGCAAUAUCAAAAACUCCUCAUAUCUGUUGACGAUGUUAUCAGACACUAUCACAAGAGGUGGAUAGAAUCUCUACGAAAAAUGAAGAAUAUCAAAUCGAAACUACAUCGUAACCUGAUCAUCAGAUCAGCUCACAAACCUGGAUAUCUUGAAAAUAAUAUCGAUAGAAAGCUGAUGAGUAUUUAUCAUGAAGCUUUCCUUUGGAUGAAACUUGAAAUCCGAAUUCCGGUUGAAAUCGACAUGAUAUUGGCACUUUAUACGAAUCUGAGAGUGUUGAAAGGUGGAGUCACAAACAUAGUCAUACAUUACAAUCGCAUACUGCAAUCUCUUUCCGACCAAGAGCGUGUCCUGUUCCGUGAAAUGCUCAAUGAAGUUGACCAGAUAAUCAAGCCUGGCAUCACCAAAUACGACUGGGAGCUUGAUGAGGAGGCAUCGCAUUUGUACGUUUCACAGUGCUUGAGGUCUCUUGAGCACAUGCAAGAGUUUGUAGACUCAUAUAAAUCGUGCAAUCUAGAAGUCGUCAGUUUAUGUGAGAAAAUAUGCAGUUCUCGAAUGCUUGAUAUUCCAGUAUCACGCAUCUAUGAGCUCAGGGUAGUUCAGCAAAAAAUCAGUGCUAAAAGAAAACAUUGUGCCAGAUACAUAGUUAACCUGUACAAUAAAAUUUUGAAAAUGCUACAAAUCAUAUUUGAAGAAUUUGUUCCACAUUUAUCCAGAAUGGAAGUUCACUUGAGAAAUUAUUUCCAAAAAGUUGACAGCGUUGUUCAAGAGUCUCUUGUGGUUUGCGUCCGAGAGUCUUUGAAAAAUAUGUUCAGAGUUCUCCACGGCGACGGUAUUGGUGGUCCAAUGAUUCAUAUCAAUGUGAUAGCUAGUUUGAAAAAUAGAGAAAUCACAUUCUCACCCAGUAUGAUCGGGUUGAUUGUGAUUUUUUCCAAUGUACUCAAUGAUAUGGUGUUAGUCAUGAACUUGAUUCCUCGCUUGACCGAGAAUUUCCGAUUGAAGCAGCAGGUGAAAAGUUUGCCUUAUGCAGCAGUGAUUGCUAAGGAUGCAGAGUGCAUUGAAAUUCAGCACUUGAUUGAACAAGAGCUUGUCGCUUGCUUCAGUAAAAUGAAAGAGUUUGUUAAAUCGUGGAAGAUUUAUAGGACAAUUUGGGAGAAGGAGAAGAAGCUGUUUCUUGAAAAGUAUGAGCAUCGAAGACCGAAAGCUGAAUGCUUCAAUCGGGAUAUUGGACGGUACUCGGUUCUGAUUCAGUCAGUUGAACAAAUUGAACCACGCUGCGCUCAACAGUUUCUCAUGAUCAACUGCGAUAAUAUCAAGGAUACUAUAAUCAAACAUUGCAAAUAUUGGCAAUUUUGUUUGAUUCAGCUUCUAUCUCGAAUCUUGAACUUUCAGAUUGAAGACUUGUAUCGAUAUACAAUUGAAAAUGCUCACAGACUAACAUUCGAGCCGAAAAAUUCGAUAGAGCUCCAUGAGUACGCCAAACUCCUUGAAAUGCUUACCGAGGAAUCAACAAGAAAAGAGAGCCAAUUUUCGUCAAUCAAAGAUAAGAUCGAUAUAUUUCACAAGUAUGAGUUCACAGUAAAUCCCAAUAUAAUUGAACGUGAAGCUGGUCUACAGAGUCAAUGGUCCAAGUACUUGACGCUGUUGCAUGAGUGUGGCGAAAAUGUGGUUCUAUCUAAUGAGACAUUCAAGACAACUCUAAUCGGAAGAGCUGACAACUUGAAGAAAGAUGUGAAAUCUCUGCUGUCUGAAUUCAAUGCAGCAGGCCCAUUCACCUCAGCUCUCAAAACAAGUGAAGCUAUUGAACGUUUGAAAGACUUUCGCUCCAAAUUGGAGGCUUUCAAAAGUCUACAAAAAGAUGUAAAAAAUGAGUUCAUCUCUUUUGUUAUGGACUAUUAUGAUAUUCCAGAAUUGGAAUCUCUCGAGAAAGACUUGAAUAUUCUCGAAGUUGUUUUGAAAUUAGCCGAUAAAUGGGAUAAAUCGUUGGAAAAAAAUAAAGCACAAAAUUUCUGGCAGCUGGAUGUGGAUAAAUUUGAAAUGUAUGCUCAAGGAAUUUAUCGACAACUCAAUAAUUUAUUCAAAGAACUCAGAGAUAAAAAUUGGGAAAUAAUCGAUUUUACACGGAGAAGAGUUGAUUUUUUUAUAAAAUUGGUCCCACUAAUGAAUGAUUUGAAAAAUAAAGCCUUGAAAGAAAGACAUUGGAAUAGAAUUCGCCAAGAUAUCGGCCAUGACUUUGAUGAAAACUCGGAUGAGUUCACCUUGGAAAUUAUACAAAAAUACAACAUGCACUUACAUGCUGACAAAAUCUAUGAUAUUUCUGACUCAGCUACGAGAGAAUUACAAAUUGAGAAUAAUAUGAAAGCUAUUACUGAAGCAUGGGAUAAUAUUUCGAUUGACACAGUGCAGCAUAAGGAUUUGUUUCGUAUUGUUAGUAUUGAUGAUAUUUUCAAUAUUUUGGAAGAGCAUUUAGUGUCAAUUGCUGCUAUGAAAGCCACCAGGUUUGUGGAACCAUUUUUCGAAGAUGUCGACCAUUGGGAAAGAACGCUAUCUCUGGUUUUGGAAAUAUUUGAUGGCAUUUUGAAUGUGCAACGGAAGUAUUUAUACCUUGAAAAUAUAUUCUCAGGAGAAGACAUACGAAGUCAUUUGCCAAAAGAGACUGCUGAAUUCGAUGCUUGUCUAAACGAAUGGCGUUCCAUAACAAAGAAGAUAAGAAAAGAUCGUUUGGCUCUGGCUGCUUGUAAACAAGUCGGAUUACUGAAAGCACUACAACGACUUGAUGCAGGUCUGGAAAAUAUACAGAAAGCUUUGGAAGCAUAUUUGGAAACCAAACGUAAUGUAUUUCCACGAUUCUAUUUCAUUUCAAAUGAUGAUCUCCUAGAAAUAUUGGGUAGUUCUAGAAAACCAGAACAGGUUCAGCCUCAUUUGAAAAAGUGUUUUGACAACAUCACAAAACUAAGAAUAUCAAAAAUAGCAGCUCAAAAACAUGAUUCUAACUCUCAAAAGUUCGAAGCUACUGGAAUGUUCUCAGCAGAUGGUGAACUAGUAGAAUUCAGUAAGCCUGUUCUUCUGGAGGGCUCCGUUGAAUUAUGGCUUUGUGCCAUUGAGACAGUGAUGAGAUUGUCUCUGCGAGAUCAAUUGAAACAAGUGCGUUUAGCUCUUAGAAAGAAUCUGGCAAAGAGAGAUAAGUGGAUUAAAGAAUAUCCAGGUCAAUUGUGUAUCACUUCAAGUCAGAUUCAAUGGACAAUGGACUGCACCAGAUCGUUGAUGGCAUGCAAAGUCGUUGAUAGUAAGCUACCUUUGAAAAAACUCAAGAAAAAACAGAAUAAAGUCUUGGCUACUUAUUCAGAAGCUAUUCGCGGGAACCUGACAAAGUUGCAAAGAUUGAAAGUAGUAUCUUUAGUGACAAUUGAGAUCCAUGCCCGAGAUGUUAUAGAAAAAAUGUAUAAAGCAAAUUGUAAAGACAUUACAGCUUUUGAAUGGCUUGCACAGCUACGCUUCUACUGGGAUCGUGAUGUGGAUGACUGUAUUGUUCGGCAGACAAACACCAAGUUUUCAUAUGGAUAUGAGUAUCUCGGUAACUCUGGGAGACUAGUGAUUACGCCACUCACCGAUCGGUGCUAUAUCACUUUGACCACUGCUCUGCACUUGCACAGAGGCGGAAGUCCCAAAGGACCGGCUGGGACGGGCAAAACUGAAACAGUCAAAGACUUGGGAAAAGCACUUGCUAAUUACGUCAUCGUUAUAAACUGUUCUGAAGGCUUAGACUUCAAAAGUAUGGGACACAUGUUCUCAGGCUUUGCCCAGUCGGGUGCAUGGGGUUGUUUCGAUGAGUUCAAUAGAAUCAAUGUUGAAGUGCUGUCUGUAGUUGCACAACAAAUACUCAGUGUGUUGACAGCUCUGACUCAAGGAGUCAAGAUGUUCACAUUCGAAGGUAAACAACUGAAACUGAAUCCCACUUGUGGCAUUUUCAUCACAAUGAAUCCAGGAUACGCAGGUAGAACAGAAUUGCCUGAUAACUUGAAAUCGAUGUUUCGACCGAUAUCUAUGAUGGUGCCUGAUUGCAUGCUGAUUGCCGAAAUCACACUUUUUGGAGAGGGAUUUAGAGAUUGUCGAGCUCUCGCCAAAAAAGUCGACUCAUUGUUCUCUCUUGCCAGGCAGCAGCUGAGUAAACAAGAUCACUAUGAUUUUGGACUUCGCGGUAUGGUCUCUCUCUUGAGGUACGCUGGGCGAAAAAGGAGAUUGCUUUCAAAUAUACCAGAUGAUAGUGUUAUGCUUUUGGCAAUAAGAGACAUGAAUGUUGCAAAGUUGGCAUCUGAUGAUUUGCCCCUCUUCAAUGGCAUUACCAAGGAUUUGUUCCCAGGAAUUGAGUUGCCUGCUAUUGAUUAUCAAACGAUUGUGAAGGAGAUUCAAAAAGAAUUGAUCAGUCAAUCUCUACAGGACAUACAAAUAGCUACUUCAAAAGUUAUCCAGUUGUAUGAAACAAAAAUGUCUCGUCAUUCAGUGAUGCUGGUUGGAAAGACUGGUACAGCUAAAAGCACCACAUGGAAAGUUCUCAGAAACAUAUUGACCUAUUUGAAGAAAGAGAAUGUGAGUGGAUUUGAGUCAGUCACCGAGUAUCCUAUCAACCCGAAAGCAUUGGGUUUGGGUGAGUUGUAUGGAGAAUUCAAUGUAGCUGGUGAAUGGACUGACGGGGUGCUGUCAUCCAUCAUGAGGAAAGUGUGCUCUGAUGAGGGCACCGAUGAGAAGUGGAUCCUCUUUGACGGACCAGUUGAUGCGGUCUGGAUAGAAAACAUGAACAGUGUAAUGGAUGACAACAAAGUGUUAACAUUGAUCAACAGUGAACGAAUCACAAUGCCUGAACAAGUUUCUCUCCUUUUCGAAGUGGAAGAUCUGUCGGUUGCUUCUCCUGCUACCGUGUCUAGAUGUGGAAUGGUUUACAAUGACUAUAAAGAUUUUGGAUGGGAACCUUAUGUUAACUCUUGGUUGGAAUAUCAAACUCCAUGUAAAGAGUACAAAACGUGUAUGAAAGCCCACAUCGAUCGUUAUUUGCAACGUUUAUUGGACUUUGUACGUUUACAAUGUGAACUCCUCAUUCCUGUUCCAGAGAUUUGUGUUGUGAAAUCGUUAUGCAACCUCUUGUCUAGUCUUGCAACUGCUGAAAAUGGUUUGAAUUUGAAAAAGUAUGAUCUAAGUAAUUUUGAAACAUACUCAAAAUUGUGGUUUUUGUUCUGUUUGACUUGGUCAGUUUGUGCAGUAGUCAAUGAGGAUGGUCGGAAAAAGAUAGAUGGAUUCAUUCGAGAUUUGGAAGGGGUUUAUCCGAUGAAAGAUACAAUUUAUGAGUAUUAUGUUGAUGUUGACAGUUGUACUUUCAAGCACUGGGAGAAUCUAUUACCGACUGAUUGGAAGUUGAAUUCUGAAUUACCAUUCUAUAAAAUUAUAGUACCUACUGUUGAUACAUUGCGCUAUCAAUUUCUGGCAGGCGUUCUCAUUCGAAACAAUCAUCCAGUUCUACUGGUGGGUGCAGUUGGCACAGGGAAAACACAAUCAGCGUUGUCCUGUGUGGAAGGAUUGGACAGCAGUAAGUACUCACUCUUCACAAUCAACAUGUCUGCACAGACAUCUUCAAAAAGUAUUCAAGAUGCUAUAGAGAGCAAAGUUGAAAAAAGGACGAAAGGAGUGUAUACGCCGAUAGGAAACAAGACAAUGAUAACAUUCAUGGAUGAUUUGAAUAUGCCAGUAAAAGAGAUUUUUGGCGCUCAGCCGCCUCUUGAGCUAAUAAGACAAUGGAUUGACUAUGGCUUCUGGUAUGAUAGACAGAAGCAGUUUUUGAAGCACAUUAGAAACUUGCAGCUGAUAGGUGCGAUGGGCCCCCCGGGCGGAGGCCGCAACCACAUCAGCAACCGCCUCCUCAGCCGCUUCUCGGUCAUCAACCUCGCAUUUCCAAAUGAGUCGGACAUUUGUCUCAUCUUUGGCACCAUGUUACAACAACAUACGACUACUUUCGAUGACUCUGUCAGACAACUGUGGAGGAGUACAACCGAUGUAACAGUCAAGUUAUACAUGGAUGUCAGUAGUAAAAUGCUCCCCACACCUACGAAAAUGCAUUACCUUUUCAAUAUAAGAGAUAUUUCGAAAAUAUUUCAGGGACUUCUUAGAAGCACGACAGACCACCAGAAUUCAAGAACUAGUUUUCUAAGAUUGUGGAUUCACGAAACAUUCCGAGUGUUUGGUGAUCGACUCAACAAUGAAUCCGACAAAGAGUGGCUAGUAGAACAAGUGAAUUUGAGAUUGGGAAGGCAUUUGGAUCUGACAUUGCAUGGUCUUUGUCCUGGAAAGGAACUACCAAUAUUUGCAAACUUCCUCAAUCCGUAUCAGAUGUAUGAAGAUAUCCAUGAUAUGCAGAAAUUGAGACUUUUCCUUGAAGAAAAAAUGGAAGAGUAUAACAUGUCUCCUGGCAAGGUUAAAGUGGAUCUUGUACUUUUCAAGGAUGCAAUCGAUCACAUUUGCCGAAUUUCGAGAGUGAUUUCGCAGCCGCGAGGCAACAUGCUGCUGGUGGGCACAGGCGGAAGUGGCCGACAGUCCCUGUCACACAUCGCUGCACAUCUCUGCGACUACAUCACUUUCCAGAUCCACACUUCCAAAUCAUAUAAACUGCACGACUUCAAGGAAGAUCUCAAAUCACUCUACUACACAGCUGGUGUAAAAGACACGCCAACAUCGUUUCUGUUUGUUGAUAAUCAAAUUUCAGAAGAAACGUUCCUAGAAAUAAUAAAUAAUGUUUUGAGCACAGGAGAAGUCUCAAAUCUAUACAAACCGGAAGAGUUUGAAGACUUGAAAACGUUGCUGACUGAACCUGCAAAAAAAGCUGGUAAAUAUUCUGAACAGAUUUAUGGAUUUUUCAUUGAAAGAGUAAGAGCCAAUCUCCACAUAAUAGUUUGCUUGAGUCCAAUUGGAGAAGAAUUCAGAUCACGUCUGAUGCAAUGCCCAUCACUAGUCAAUUGUACAACUAUUAACUGGAUUAUUGACUGGCCCAGAGAUGCUCUUUUGGAAGUUGCUGAAAAAUUUUUGACUACAGUAGAUUUGUGCACGACGAUAAACGGGUUACCAAGAGUAGAAGAUCCCACGGAAAACAUUGUUAUGACCAGACAAGAGCGUUUGCAAAAAUCCAUUUCGAAUGUGAUGGCUGAAAUGCACGUGUUAGUUUCGCAUUACUCGAGGAAAAUGCUCGCCAAAUACAAGAGAUACAACUAUGUGACGCCGACCAACUACCUGGGGCUUCUGUCGCGCUACAUCGCGAUGCUCUACAUCAAACGGGAGGAGGUGGCCGAGAAGGCCAACAAGCUGCGCAACGGUGUGUGGAAAAUCGAUGAGACUCGGGUCAAAGUGGAGGAGAUGUCGAUUGAACUGGAAAAGUCGACUGUGCAGGUUGAUCAGCUGACUGUGGAAUGCGACGGGUUCCUGGUGAUGCUGCGCAACCAGAAGAAGACAGCUGACGACCAGCAGAGGGCGGUGACGGCGCGGAGUGUGCGCAUCAAGGAGGAGGAGAAGGCGUGCCGGCUGCUGGCCGAUGUGGCCCUCGCUGAUCUGCAGGAGGCCAUGCCGGCACUCGAAGAGGCCAUUCAGGCUCUCGAAGCGCUCAACAAAAAAGACAUCACUGAGAUUCGCUCCUACGGCCGACCUCCAGCCAAAGUAGAAAUGGUCAUGGAAGCAGUCAUGAUUCUGAAACAAGUGGAGCCAACAUGGGCGGAAGCCAAACGACAAUUGGGAGAUGUUAAUUUCCUCAAUCAGCUGAAAGAGUUCGAUAAGGAUCACAUAUCAGAUCGCACAUUGAAGAAAAUUGCUGUAUAUACUUCGAACGAGGAAUUUGAGCCAGAAAAAGUUGGCAUUGUCUCAGCGGCAGCAAAAUCACUCUGCUUGUGGGUGAGAGCCAUUGAAAAAUAUGGAAAAAUUUACAGAAUCGUUGCUCCGAAGAAGUUGAAGCUGGAUGAAGCGCUGGCAUCUCUGAACGAGAAGCAGUCAGCGCUGGCAGAAGCAAUGGCCAAGCUCGACGACCUGCAUAAGCUCAUAGAAAAAUUGAAACAGGACUAUGACGAGAGAAUGGCCGUCAAAGAAGAAUUGAGGAAAAAGGCAGAGCUUCUGAAGCUGAAAUUGGAACGGGCCGCAAUGCUUGUUGACGGCUUAUCUGGAGAGAAAACUCGUUGGAUAGAAAACGUAGCAACACUCGAUGAAAGGUUUGAACUGUUGAUCGGCGACUGUCUUCUGUGCACUGGAUUCCUCACCUACUGCGGCCCAUUCAUGUCUCAAUACAGAGAGAAACUGAUGGCCAGAUGGAGAUCUUCCAUAGUAGAAGAAGAAUUGAAUUUAUCUGCGGACUUGGACCUCGUUGACUUCCUGAGCGACCAAGCUACAAUCCAAGAGUGGAAUAUUGCUGGGCUGCCAACUGACAUGUUUAGCACAGAAAAUGGUCUAAUCAUUUUCAAAUGUGCUUGCUGGCCCUUGAUAAUAGAUCCUCAGGGACAAGCGUUGAAAUGGUUGAAAAAUAUGGAGAAAGGGCUAAUAGUAAUAGAUUCAUCCUAUCCAAACAUUGCUAAACUUCUAGAGGAUGCAAUAGUUAUGGGUAACUCGGUUCUUAUCCAAAAUGUAGGUGAGAUUCUUGAUUCUGCUCUCCGUCCCGUUCUCAAUAGACACCUUACUGAAAGUAAUGGAAGAACUUUCAUCAAUUUCGGGGAUCGUUUAAUAAAUUAUAAUAGAAAUUUCAGGCUGUUUUUGGUAACAAAAUUAGCAAAUCCUCAUUUUCCUCCUGAGGUUUGUACCUAUGUUGGUCUCGUUAAUUUCACAAUCAAGGAGGAAGGCUUGGAAGCACAAUUACUUGGUAUCGUCGUUCGCAAAGAAAAACCAAAAUUAGAAGAAGAUAAAACAUUAUUAGUUCAAAACAUCACCUCAGGAAAGCGAAUGCUGAUUGAAUUGGAAGAUGAACUGUUGAGAUUACUGAAUGAGAGUGAGGGUUCACUACUUGACAAUCUUGAAUUGAUAAAUACAUUGCAAACUUCCAAGGAGACGUCAACUUCCAUCAAGGAGCAACUGAUUAAUAAUCUGGAAAACGAAAUAAAAAUUGAUACGGCACGAGAGGGUUACAGAGAGUGUGCUAAUAGAGCGUCUAUUCUGUUCUUUGUUUUGAACGAUAUGUCGAAAAUAGAUCCAAUGUAUCAGUUUUCUCUUGAUUGGUAUUUGACCCUGUUCUCUCUAUCCAUUGACAAAAGUACCAAGUCUGAGAGUCUUUCGGAGAGACUGAGGCACCUCAAUGACUACCACACAUAUGCUGUGUACCGCAAUGCAUGCAGGGCACUCUUUGAAAAACAUAAAUUGUUGUUUUCUUUCCAUACUUGUGUGAAGAUUCUGGAAUCAGCAAAUAAAAUAAUUGCUACCGAUUACGAGUAUCUGCUGAAGGGAGGAGUGGUGUUGAACAGGGAAGGCCAGGCUGAAAAUCCUUGUCCUAGCUGGAUGGGUGACACGGAGUGGGACAAUAUAGCAGAGCUAGACAAAUUGCCUGGAUUUCACGGAGUGGUUGGUUCGUUUGAACAGUAUUCGCGAGAAUGGAAGGAAUGGUUCUUGUCGACUGAGCCUGAGCGGCGGCCACUGGUUGGAGAGUGGCAAAAUGUCUGCAAAGAGUUUCAGCGCAUGCUGUUUGUCAGAGCGCUGCGCUGCGAUCGCCUCACUUUCUGUAUUUCUUCUUUUGUGGCUUCAACCCUUGGCGAACGAUUCAUCGAACCUCCCGUGCUCGACAUAAAGUCAGUUGUGGAUGACUCCAACUACAAAACACCGCUUGUGUUUGUGCUGUCCCCGGGUGCUGACCCGGCUCCUGCUCUCAUCACUCUAACCGAGAAGUUCAACAUGACCAAUCGCUUCCACUAUCUCUCUCUCGGUCAAGGCCAAGCUCCCAUUGCCACUGCAUUGAUAGAAGCUGGCCUCAUAAAAGGAGACUGGAUUUUCCUUGCCAAUUGCCACCUUUCGUUGUCUUGGAUGCCCAAACUGGACAAAAUAAUUGAAAACAUAUCUCAAAAUACGCGUGCCAAUAAGGAUUUUCGUUUGUGGCUGAGUUCAAGCCCUCACCCCGAAUUCCCAAUAUCGAUUCUACAAAACUCAUUGAAAAUGACUACAGAACCUCCUAAAGGUAUCAAAGCUAACAUGAAACGACUAUAUCAAAACAUUUCUGAUGCUCAGUUCCAAAGCUGCUCUGAUCAGAGUAAAUACAAAAAACUACUCUACGCCCUAUGCUUCUUCCAUUCGAUACUGAUUGAGAGGAAGAAAUUUCAACAGCUUGGAUGGAACAUUAUUUACAGUUUUAAUGACUCGGACUUUGAAGUCUCUGAAAACCUACUGUCGAUUUAUUUGGACGAGUAUCCCGAAUCCACUCCGUUCGAUGCUCUCAAGUAUUUGAUUGCUGGCGUGAAUUAUGGCGGCCACGUAACCGAUGACUGGGACAGAAGAUUGCUAACCAGUUAUAUAAACCAGUAUUUCUGCGAGGAAACAAUCAGUGUCCCAUUCCACAGGCUUUCUGAACUGGGCACGUACUAUGUACCAAAAGACGGCUCCCUUCAAUCCUACAAAGAUUUCGUUGUAACAAUUCCAAACAUCGAUCAACCUCAGGUGUUUGGUCAGCAUACCAAUGCAGAUAUCACCAGUCUCAUAAUAGAAACAAAACUGACCUGUGAAUUGCUCAUGUCUCUGCAAGUGCAGUCCGUAUCCAAGUCUUCAGAGAACGUUGAAGAAUCUGUGAUGCGGUUGGCUAACGAUAUAAUGUCAAAAGUACCGGAUGACAUUAAUUACGAAACAACCAUUAAAAAUAUCGGCGCUGUUAAGACACCUCUACAAGUUGUCCUUCUGCAAGAAGUUCAACGUUACAAUGUUCUCCUGAAUGUGAUAAAGUCGUCACUAGACGACGUAAUCAGAGGAAUUCAGGGCUUUGUGCUCAUGUCGCCCGAAUUGGAAGCGGUUUUCAACGCUUUGAAUGAGGGUCGAGUCCCCCUGACUUGGCAGAAAGCCUACUCUUCUUUGAAGAACUUGGGCUCCUGGGUGAGAGAUUUGAUACUACGAGUACAGCAUUUCACAUUGUGGGCCAAUACAUUGCGUCCUCCAUUACUAUUCUGGCUGUCCGCUUACACUUAUCCGAACGGAUUUCUCACCGCUGUAUUACAGACUUCAGCCAGACAGCUUUCGGUUUCCAUCGACGUCUUGAGUUGGGAAUUCAUUCCUCAGGCGAUCCCUGAACAUGAUAUCACGAUAGCUCCAAAAGAAGGAGUUCUAAUUCGCGGUAUGUUCUUGGAGGGUGCUGGAUGGGAUAAUAAGAAUUUGUGUCUCGCAGAACCGAAGCCACUGCAGUUGAUUGUUCAAAUGCCUGUCACCCUGUUCCGACCAUGUGAACAGACAAAACUCAGAACAAAAGGCUUGUACGUUUGUCCAACCUACUACUUCCCAUUGAGGUGCGGCUCUCAAGGAAGGGAAUCUUUCGUCAUUGCCGUCGAUCUGAAGAGCGGGGAGGAAUCAGCCGACCAUUGGGUCAAGCGGGCCACUGCUCUACUUCUGAGUCUAUCCUCAUAAACGUCAAUUAAUGUGAAUCGUUUGAAUAUUGAUAUUUUUGAUAGUGUUUAACAGUUGAAUUUUCAUUACAAUCAUAAAUAAUAUUUGCAAUCUCUGCAUUUACAAUAUAUUUUAUAACAGUUAUUUUAGAUUUAUAUAUUUUUCUCAAUAAAAUAUGUUCAUAAAAUUACUUUUCUGUUGUUGGUUUCCAGUUUAAAAAUUGCAAAUUGAGGUUUGCACUAUCAACUGAUUGGAAAAAGCUGUAAAUGAAAUCUAAAAAUAUUCUUCGAUAUCUUCAACGAUUAUUGUGUUAAUCUCUUAAAAUUAUCAUGAAUGGAAUAUGAGGAUCGGUAUUUUAAAUACUUCAUUUAUCGCAUUAUUGUAACUUCUAUCAAUAUUAUUAGCUGUGCCGGUGUAGAUAGCAAUCAAUUUCCAAUUCUAUCUCCAAGAUUCAAGUAUUGGAUUUUCAAUUCAACAGUAACUAUUGAAACUCUUUGAAUAGCCUACCUGUCAUUACAAUUACGUUCUAUUGAGUCAUUGCUGUGGUCAUAAUAAUUCAUGUUUUAUCACUUGUCACCAAUACUGUUCUUGUAUAUUAAGCUACACACUUUAAUGAACUCAUUAAUAGUCGCAAUUAUUGUUCCAACUCAUGCCAAAUAAAGACGCCAUCCCAUUCAAUUACAUUCCAGUGAGCUUCGUGUAGUCUUCAAGUGAUUAGUAGCAGGCCUCACUAACAUCAGCUUCCGUUGCAAAGGCUGGGUUCAAUUGCAGCGUUUGUCGAACAUGGAAAAGACAUGAGAAGGAAACUGCCAGUAUAAGUUAGGUUGAACGAUGCAUUGAAGCUGCGGUGGAGGAGGUGGCGUUUUCCCAGGCGUCUGUUUCACAACUGGCGGGACAAUGGCUGACAUAAAUCACAACCGAGGUUUGGCGCAACCGGUUGGACUUAGUUUUCGCGGGCUGUGUUUGUUUAUUGCCGGCUCCUUACUCCGAUGCCCUCCUCUCUCCCACACCCUGUAGCAUGGCGCAAGCGCGUGGGAACCGAAUGUGCCACUGUAAUUAAUAACUAAGAUAACAGAAGAUAAUUUCUCCUCCCCCAUCCUCAUCACUACACUACACUCUUUGAACAAAUGAAGAAGGUCGUAUGAAAAAUGUCGCAAGUCUCCACUGCAUCUAAUUGAAUCUUCUGUUGCUUACAGUGGAGAAAAAUGUUAACGUGAUGAUGGGAACUGAAAUGUCGUUAUUAAAAUAUCAUUUACGAGCCUUCUUUCAUGUUAUAAGAGGGGAACAAUUGACAGUAGCCGUGGCCUACAACUGUUACCCUUAUGGUAAUGGUAAAAAAAUGAUUGAACUUGAUGAGGGCGUGUUCUACUUGAAUCCGUCAACCAAAGUAAAACUUAAUAAUGAGAGUACCUAUUUAAGAGUUCACUUACACUUGGAGAAAAGUAUUCAUAUAGAUCAUAAAACUCUAUUAUAUUAAUCGAAUACUAUAUAUUAUUAUAAUAUGUGGCAUAUAAAUGUCUUAAUUUUUGGGUU